AAAAGAUCACAUUUUCAGCCAAAUUAGUGAUGAUUUUGAAUAUUUUUAUCACAAAAUGAACGCUAAUUUCGAAAUCAAUUGAUUCAUUCAAAUAACAGUCAUUUCAACAUAUUUUCACCAUUUGUUUCAUUGAGUUGUGAAUCAAUUAUUAUCUUUGGAUUCAAUCGAGACAAACGCCAAGACAUGACUCUGGAGGACGAGAUCUUAGACUCACUGCAGGACUUGGAUUACCCCGACUUCUCGGCCAUCGACACCAAUGUCUCACUUCUGACUCAAUUGCAGACAUUUUCGGCCAUAAUAUCAUGGAUUUCAUCACAACUCCAGAAAAGCCAACGUUUGGAGUCUUUCGUGAAUCCAAUCAAAGACGAAUCGGAAUCAAUGUCUCUGAAGAUUGAGUUGAAUUCAUUGCUCCGGGAAUUGAAAUCUCCUUUAAUUGAUAUGUCUUUCGCCGAAAAUGACAACAAAUUACUGAUACUUAACAGCCUUUGCGGACAACUGUUUGCUUCGCGUAUGGAUUGUGUGAACCAGAAGUCGGGAUCAAAUAAAUCGAUGAAUAUAUUGGCGAAUGAGAGCCAAACUGCCAAAGAUUUGAAGACUAUUCUCAUUACUCUUGGAAUGGGAAGACCUCCCGAUUCCAUCACUUCUGGGCUGCUGUUCAAGAAAAUGAGAGAUAAUUUAAUCCAACGAUUGUCUCAACAAAAGAUAACCAUCGAAGACAGCCUUCUAUUUCCUGAAGGACUCACUCUAUCUCCAGACCAGUGGAAGACUUUGGAAGCGAUUAAUGAGGACUUGAAGAAAGACUAUACGAUUAGACGGGAAAUGCUGUUAAGACGAUGCGAUUGCACUGUCGGUGCCUUUAAGUGGAAGUCAGACAACGUUUCCGAUGAGUCGAAGGCUAUUGAAAAGCAAAUUACAGAGAAAUAUGAGUCCCGAAGACAGAAGUUGUCGAUUACUCCCAACGUAUUGAUGUCCUCCGCUUUGGCCGCCCGGCAGUCAGACUGCGAUCUUCUGGUGAACGCAAUGGUCAGCCAUAAGUCAGUCAAUUGUCUCAUUCCAGUGCCACAGACGACGGGUUUGGCGAAUAAGGGCCGUCAGCAGCAAAAGCAGCAGCAGAUGCAGGAAAUUCACAAACAC